AUGAGAAUUACAAUGGCAGAGGAAGUGUUUGUUUUUGAGCGUGAAACUUUCAUCUUGCAUGAAGAUAUUUUUCAGUUUGCAUCCAUGGUUGAGAUAGGAGCCACUAUCAUUUCUGUAUACAUGAGGUACCUAUUUGACUUCUUAAAACUGGCAAAUAUGGUAAACCUUGUUGGCCUUGUCGACCUUGCCCAAGUUAGCACUCAAUGUGGACCGUUAUCUCAAAGAUCACGACAUCUAGCAAAUCACCUUAAAAAGGCAAAUGGGGAUCAAAUUUUAUUGGUGCCUUAUAAUCUAGGGUGUCAUUGGGUGUUGAUAAUUGUGAGACCAAAAAAGGAGACUGUAUAUUAUAUGGAUCCAUUAUCAAACCGCACGGUUGACGAGGAAUGCAAACAUGUAGUGAACACGUAA